CUCCUUCGCCUGACACUGUGUUUAAGCAGCUCUGACUACUACUUAUUAGAUGUGUAGCUUCACUUUACCUGUUGGCGUAUCUCUUUCUCUUAUUCACCUUUGGACCAUAAAGCAGAGUUUUGUUGUGUCGGGACGACUUGGACUUUGAUAUUUCCUGUUCAUACUCUCCUGCCGGACUCAUUUCUUGUCUGCAUCACAGAAAGUAAAAAAAAACAAACCAGCUGCAUCUCUCUGAACUCAUUUUACGUCUCUGAUCCGCUCAAGAGAUAUUGACAAGCUGGGCCAACGCUACUGCUGGAUUUUCUCCAUUGCUCCCAUUUGAAACUGGUCACUGCAGUCAGCCUGCAAAGACUCUGACUGUUUGCGUUUGAGUGAGUGUUAGCAGCUGCCGGGGCUGCAUAUCUGGGCAAGAUGAUGGAGGAGGUGUCCGCCAUGAUGGCCUGUGAUGCCCAUGUUAUGGAGCAGAUGAGUGAAGAGGAGAUCCUGGCCUGUCUGGUGGCUGAAACGGAGCCUAAAUUCACAGUCCCAACAAAGAAAGCUAAGCUGAGGGAAAGCCGGCUUCAAAUAAUGGAUGAUGAAGAAGACCCUUUGGACAAAUACCUGAAGGAGAACCUUCGGCUGCAGCAGGCCAGCCUCCGUCUGGAGCAGGAGAACGACAACCUCGCCUACAGACUGAUCACCAGCAAGGUCGCCCUGAGGAACGCUCUGGACAAGGCAGAGGACAGAGUGGACGAACUUUCCAAAGAACUUGUUCACGUCAGACAUCGACUACAGGCUACAGAAGAGGAGAAGAGAGGGAAAGAGGAGGAAGCUGCUAUGCUGAAGGACGUGCUCCGCAGAGAGCUGGAGAAGGCUGAGCAGGAGGUCAGAAGGUCGUCGGGUAUUAUUGCAGACUACAAACAGAUCUGCUCUCAGCUGACAGACCGUCUGGAGAGGCAGCAGGCCGCCCACAGAGAAGAGCUGGACUCACUCAAGACUGCGGUGAGGGUUUGCUCUCACUGCCAACACAUCUUAGAUUCAGUUGAACCAUCCACCACAGCUCAGAACUCGGCAGUGAUGGAGGGAAACGGAACGACUGAACCAGACCAGAAUGAGGAAAGUCCCAAAGAGACAGAGCAGAAGCGGGACUUCCAGGAGAAGGAGGCCUUCAAGACACAGAUCAGGGAGCUGGAACAGGAGUUGGCUCAGACCAAACUCCAGAUGGUGGAAGCCAAGUGCAAAAUCCAGGAGCUGGAGCACCAGAGAGGAGUCCUGACCAGCGAGCUCCAGGAAGGAAAGAACAGCUGGAUCAGCAAAGCCUUCACCUCCCUGCGGACCUCCAGCGGAGGGGUGCUUCAUAGCGUCAGCGUACCCAGAGAUGGAGCUACCGCCGUGGGCUGGAACCUCAACGCUGGCCCCCUCUCAGGGUGGAGCGCCAAGAAACUGGCGUGGACUCACAGAGACAACCGAGAAAACGUCUGACAGGUUGGACUGAGGUGGACGGAUCAGACCCGGAUCAGACCCGGAUCAGAGGGGUUAAUUCAUUCACAUCAUUAUGUACAGUAUGUCUUCAAUAAUGUAGCUGCUAUGUCUUAUUUUGUGCAGUGGAGAGUACCUGAGGGCACUUAACAGGUGCUGUCACUGUCUGUCUGUUUACCACUUUUACAACUACUGUGUACACAGAAUUUCUUUUUUUGUUUGGUUUUUUUUAACAUUUGUAAACAAUGUCUUUUUGCAUAUCACUCUUUUACAUGUAAAAAAAAAGUUUAAAUACAAU